GCCAAAGGCGAGCGGUUGUUGCUCCGCUUUUAAAUACCAAACAGUGCGCGAACAGCAGCAACAUUUGCGUUAAAACUCAAGUUGAGCUUAGAAAACUGAAAUAAAAACAAAUAAACGAAAAUCGUACUGAAAGAAUAAACAAACUGGAAAAAAAAACAAGCGAAAAACUAAGCUAAUUGGCCAGAUCCACACAAGUGACAACAGCAACAUUUACUUUUAAAAUCAACAGAAAAGUGCUAAAAACUCGUGUGAAUUUAUAGUUUUUUUUUUGGGUGCAAAGUGCAGGUGCAGCGCAGCAGAGUCGUCGGCUAAACCACACAUGACCACAAUGCCACCGGAAAUGUCCGCAACAACGGCAGCUCCCGUUGGCAGUGCACCGAGUGCCACCGCUCAUCAUCCCGCUGCCGUCGGCGGCGGAAUGCCCCGUCCAGCCUCCCCGGCCGUCGGCAGCAACACCACGACGGCAACGGCCACGACGGCGACGCGAUCCCGCUUCAUGAUCACCGACAUUCUGGCAGGAGCAGCGGCCGCAUCGGCGGCGGCAGCAGCGGCAGCGGCGGCCCUGGCAGCCGCCUCUUCGGGGCGUGGCAGUCCGCCGGACUCGGAGCGGGAACAGUCGCUGGUCGCCCAACAUCAGCAGCAGCAGCAACAGCAACAUCAUCAUCAUAAUCAGCAGCAGCAGCAACAUCAGCAUGCUGCCCUGCAGCAAUACAUUGUGCAACAGCAGCAGUUGUUGCGUUUCGAGCGUGAAAGGGAGAGGGAGCGGGAACAUUAUAGGGAGAGGCACUCGCCACCUGGAAACAAUCCCUAUCCCCACCAUCCCAUGCCGCCCCACCUGCUCGCCCACUUUCCGCCCGCCCACUAUGCCGUGCUGCAACAGCAACAGCAACAGCAGCAGCAGCAACAGCAGCAACAUCCUCAUCCGCAUCACCUGCAAAUGGAAAGGGAGCGAUUGGAGGCACUGCAUCGACAUGGUCACGGGUUGUCUGGUGAUCCGGGGCAACAUUUGAACCACCUCAGCCACCUGAACCACCACCAGCAGCACCACUCACAUCUGCACCAUCCCAUACACGAUGAGCGAUCCCGAUCGCCGCUUAUGUUGCAGCAAUUGGGCAAUGCCAGCGGCAACAACAACAACAACAGCAGUAGUGCUAACAACAACAACAACAACAGUGGUAGUGCCAACAGCAACAUCAACAGCGGCAACAGCAGCAACAACAACAAUGGCAGUGGCAACGGCAACAUGUUGCUCGGAGGAGCCGGCAGCAGCAUCAGCGGCGAUCAGGCCAGCACCAUCGACGACAGCGAUAGUGAUGAUUGCGGCGGCAAGGACGACGACGGCGAGGACAGUUUGAAGAACGGCAGCUCGGCGAACGGCGACUCCUCGUCGCACCUCAGCUUGAGCCUCAGCAAGAAGCAGCGGAAGGCGCGUACCGCCUUCACGGACCACCAGCUGCAGACGCUGGAGAAGUCCUUCGAGCGGCAGAAGUACCUCAGCGUACAGGACCGCAUGGAGCUGGCCAACAAGCUGGAGCUGAGCGAUUGCCAGGUGAAGACCUGGUACCAGAAUCGCAGAACCAAAUGGAAGCGACAGACGGCCGUGGGCCUGGAACUGCUGGCCGAGGCGGGCAACUACGCGGCCUUCCAGCGGCUGUAUGGGGGUGCCACGCCCUACUUGAGCGCCUGGCCGUAUGCGGCCGCCGCUGCCGCCCAAUCGCCCCACGGCGCCCCGCCCUCCGCCAUCGACAUCUACUACCGCCAAGCGGCCGCCGCCGCCGCCCUGCAGAAGCCCGCCCUGCCCGCCUCGUACCGCAUGUACCCGACGAGCAUGCCGCCGGGCAUGGCGCUGCCCGGAAUGGCCGGGAUGCCCGGCAUGCCCGCUCCCCCCGCCCCCGGCGCGGCGCCCAUGCUGAGCGGCUAUUAUGCCGCUGCGGCGGCGGCAGCCGCUUCCGCUGGCGCCGCUCAACAGCCGCCGGCCGCGUCCCGCUCGCCCGCAACCAGCCAGAGCGCCAAUAGCGAGGCGGACUGCGAGCGGACCAGCAGCAGCAGUCGCCAGCGCUUGAUCACGCCCAGUCCGCCCCUCAAUCCGGGCAGUCCGCCCCAUCGCGAGCGGCUCAACGAGGAGGAGGGGGAGCGGGACAGGGAUCGCGAGCGGGAGCGGGAGCGGGAGCUGGAGGAUCGGGAGCGGGAGCGUGACGACGAGGACGACGAGGAACUGGCCCUGGAGGUCUGAGGAUCCCCGAGAGAAAUCCCUUCCCACAGCUGGAUCUCACAAAUUUGUCUAAAGAAAUAAUCAAGGGGUGGUAUUCAAGACCUAUGAAUUAUGGUGGACAUCUUCUGGCAAAAGUCGUAAUCCAAAUCCAAAUCCAAAUGAAAUCCAAACAUUGACAAUGGGUUUAAGAUUUUCAGAAUCAUUCAGCUGUUUUCAGAAUAAUAGUAGUCAAACUCGUUUUCUUUUUGCAUGAAAAAUUACAACAAAUUUAAAAUUUCAAGACAAGGAACCAUUUAAAUAUUUAUUUAUUUAUUGGAAAAAAAGAUUUUAAUAUUUUUAUGUUUUAAUAUGUUAUUAUUAAUCGAACACCUAAAGCUACUAUUAUUUGAAAACCAGUUGCAAUUUAAAUUUUCUUGCUAAGAAAAAGAGAAAGUCAUCUCUGAACUGCCAAUGAAAAUGUAUUUGAAAAUUCUCCAUAACAUAUAUAAGUUUGUGGUAUAAAUAGUUCACCCUAAAGUGUAAUUCAAAAUUGUAAAAAGUCAACAAAAAAUUACUAUGUAAAACAAAACAUGUAACAGUAUUAGACACGCCCCAUGUUCAUUUGUCUAUAAGAAUAACCCCCAGUAAUUGUGAAGAAAAAUAUAUAUACAUAUAAAACACA